GCAGUCACAGAUAUUAACAUGAGGAGGAAAGACUGCAGAGAGGGAGAGAGACAGGAGUGUUGGAAAUACGCUGCAUCUGUUUACUGACACAGAAAUAAUCUCUGGGAUCACUUCAGGCCUCAGAACAGCUUAACAGUGGAUGGCAAUGGCGCUGCCUGCAGCCUUUCUAUCUGAAGACCAGUUCACCUGCUCCAUCUGUCUGGAUGUGUUCAGGAACCCAGUCUCAACACCAUGUGGCCACAGCUUCUGCCAGGCCUGCAUCUCUUCCUACUGGGAUGGACCAGGAGGAGGAGUUGGAGCAGGGGGGAGGGGCGCCAAGUCCUACCAGUGUCCCCUCUGCAAGGAGUCCUUCCGCAAGCGACCAGAGCUCCAUAUCAACCGAACCCUGAAGGAAAUCACCGAACGGUUCAAGGAGAUGGCCAACGCCGGGGUGCCAUGGGAUGGAAGAGAUGGAGGAGGAGUAGAGAAUCCAAACUCACAUCUGCACCAUCAUCAUCACCUGGCCCUGACAUCGUCAUCAUCACCCCAGAGGCCGGGGGAGAUGCCAGAGACAGUCUUGGCUGAGAUGAUGACUCGUUUUCAGAUGCUGCCAAUUCCUGUCCCUCACCCCCAAAGCCCCGGUUCAGUCAAUGCUCACCAGUCCUUCCAGGCGCAGAACCAUAACCCCCAUGACCCACCUCCACCCUACUCACCUCCACCCUACUCACCUCCCCGCAGGUACACACUGAGCGGUUCCAUUGAUUCUCCCCCCAAUCUGCCUCUUUGCCCCGCCCACAUGAGAGGUCUCGAGUUCUUCUGCCGCACCGACAACACCUGUGUCUGCUGCACCUGUGUGGAGACAGCGGAGCACCGAGGACACAAUAUCAUCCCUGCCAAGAGAGAGUGGCACAUCAAGAAGUCCCAGUUAGGUAUCGCAGAGGUGGAGCUGAAGGAUCAAAUCUGUGAGAGAGAGAGGAAAGUGGAGGAAAUACAGAACUCUUUACGAGAGAUACAGGCCGCUGCUGAGAGAGAGACAGAGGGAGCUGUUUGUGUGUUUACAAAGCUGAUCUCCAGUUUGGAGCGCUGCCAAGCUGAAGUCUUGGAGGUGUUAGAAAUGACUCGGCGGGCGGCUGAGCACAAAGCCAAAGGCCUGCUGAGAGAGCUGGAGGAGGAGCUAACUGAGCUGAGAAAGAGGAGAACAACACUGAGCGAGCUGGCUCUGUCUGAAGACUGCGUGUUCUUUCUCAAGACGUUCUCUGCCCUGUCCACCCCUCCACAAGCUAAGGACUGGUCCAAUGUCUCUGUGGUGUCUGAGCUGACCUCAGGGGUGAUCCUCCGGACUGUCAAUCAAGUGAUGGAGCGCUUUCAGGAAGAGAUGCAGAAACUGCCAGAAGUCUGCCAGCGAUCUUUGGCUGUACCCAGGCCCAACCCAAAGGUAAGGAGGGUUCAAGAAUAUGCAGCCGACAUCACUUUAGACCCCAACACAGCCCACCCACGUCUCAUCAUCUCAGCGGAUGGGAAGCAGGUGCACUGUGGCGAACGCCAUCAGGCGGUACCCGACAACCCUGAGCGCUUUGACCGGGUGGUGUGUGUGUUAGCCAGCCAGGGCUUCAACUCAGGACGGCAUUACUGGGAGGUGGAGGUGGGAGGUAAGACUGACUGGGACCUGGGAGUAGCGAGCCGGUCCGUCAAUCGGAAGGGCAAAAUCACCGUAAGUCCUGCCAAUGGCUACUGGUUCCUCAGCCUGCGGGAUCGGACCGACUACGCCUUUCGGACAGAGCCCUCAACCAACCUGACAGUCAACCUCAGACCCUCCCGGAUCGGAAUCUUUGUGGACUGUGAUAAGGGACUGGUGUCCUUCUACAACGUGGAGGCCAGAUUGCUCAUCUAUACAUUCACAGAUAUUUUUUCUGACACCAUCCAUCCAUUCUUCAGCCCCUGUACUAAUAAAUCAGGACGGAAUGAGGCUCCGCUAAUCAUUUGCCCUAUUGCAACAUGGGAAUGAAAUGAGCUUGAGGACGUCUUCACUAAUGAGGAAUGCUUCCACAUGCUUUCAUGUAUAUUUAAAGAAGACUGAGUUGCACAAACACACCACUGGAACAGACCACAUCUGCACUUCAUUCCUUUGCUGCGAUAGAGUAGAUAAUAAGCAGGCUGUCUGUUGACUUGUGUCACUGAUGUGGUUGUUUUAUGCGCCAAUAGCAACACUGUUAGACUGAUGUUAGCAGUAGCCGCUUGAAACAAGGUUCCCUGUACAUCUUCCAGCAGCAUAUGGCUAAAUCAGGUGCAAGGACUGAUUAUUUUACAGGCUUUAAAUGUGCAGACUAAUGUUUCAACACCUCUGUGUCUUCACCACAGUCAAAGGUGGUCGUAAGCACCUGUUUAACUUUGGUGGCACCAUUGUCAGUCGACACCUUCUGCACUGACUCCUGCAGAAGUCUGGGGGGAAUUUCCCUGAGGAUACAUUUUGACAAACUUAGCAGCUAAACUGACCAUUUUAAGGCAUUUUGAAUCAAAAACCGAGAUCAGGGGUUCUGAAAAUGUUGAUGACUGAGUGCCAUGUAGGGAGCCAGCAUAUAAUGAAGGGCCACACAGGAGAAGUGCACACACUAUCACUUUUCUAUUACUUUUUUUAAUGAUGUUUUAUGAAUUUGUUUUUAUGACACACUUUACUGUGACUUUAUUAAUGAUUUUAAAUGAGUUUCUUAUGGCAUACUGUACUAUGACCUAUUUCUAUAAUGUUUUUAUGACUUAUGUUCUCACUUACCAAAAACUCUAGCAGUUGACAAUGAUACAAGCUACACAAAUAUCAUGUUACAUUCUAGUUUUCCACUUUUUAAUACAUUUGAAAGUCAUAAAAUAAAGACAAUAGGGUGUUUGAUAUUGAUUGUACUUUCCACAGCAGUCAAGCAAUGGCUCCUGCUGGGGUACGGCAACACCACUAGUACACACAACACACAUAACUGCAGUACUCUGUGAUAUUAGAACUGGAAGUAGUUGCAAUUUGUUAUGUUUAUUUAUGAUUAUGAUAACAUUCACUAAUGAUUAUGUCAUAUGGGUGAUUGCCUUUCGGAGCAUAGUAAAUUCUAUUCUUUAAUUAUCAAUAAAUUCGGGGUGACAUUUUGAACACGUUUGUGUAUUCAUACACAUCCAUGAUGAGAAUCUCCCGUUCCACUGCAUCCCAAAGGUGCUCUAUUGGACUGAGAUCUGGUGACUGUGGAGGCCAUUGGAGUACAAUGAACUCAUUGUCAUGUUCAAGAAACCAGUUUGAGAUGAGUUGAGCUUUGUGACUUGGUGCGUUAUCCUGCUGGAAGUAGCCAUCAGAAGAUGGGGACACUGUGGUCAUAAAGGGAUGGACACGGUCAGCAACAAUACUCAGGUAGGCUGUGGUGUUUAAACCAUGUUCAGUUGGUACUAAGGGACCCAAAGUGUGCCAAGAAAAUAUCCCCCCCACCAUUACACCACCAGCAGCCUGAACCGUUGAUACAAGGCAGGAUGGAUCCAUGCUUUCAUUCUGACCCUACCAUCUGAAUGUGGCAGCAGAAAUCCAGACUCAUCAGACCAGGCAACGUUUUUCCAAUCUUCAACUGUCCAGUUUUGGUGAGCCUGUGUGAACUGUAGCCUCAGUUUCCUGUUCUUAGCUGACAGGAGUGGCACCUGGUGUGGUCUUCUGCUGCUGUAGCCCAUCUGCUUCAAGGCUGGACAUGUUGUUGGUUCAGAGAUGGUCUUCUGCAGACCUUGGUUGGAACCAGUGGUUAUUUAAGUUACUGUUGCCUUUCUAUCAUCUUGAACCAGUCUGGCCAGCAGAAUGAAGCGUGCACCUACUGCUGGCUCACCGAGCACCACUGAGCUAGCUAAGGAGGACUCCAUUAAUGUUUACAUCUCACACUGGCAUGAUCACGAGCCUCUCAUCCAUGAGUAGAUACACGCCUCCUUCUAUGCAGUGAUACAGUUAGCAGGUGUAGUUCAGUAGAGAGAAAAUAGUUCCUAUGUGAAACUACUCACAAUGAGGUCUGUGGAUUAUCUUGAGUUACCGGGUCAUGAUUUCUGGAAGCGAUAUGACAGUUGUAAGGAAUUUAACACAACAUAUUUAUCUUCAUAAGUUGUUGAGUAAUAUUACGUGAAACCAUUUUACCAACAGUACUGACUAAAUAUACAUUUAGUUUAAAAAAUAUGAUGUCACCUGGGUUCGUGAGAAGGAUAAGGAGACAUAAGAGGCACCUAUGUAAUCUAAAUUCAGUUAAACAGAAAAGUUCAUGACCUUGUACAGUUUACAUGUGAGAGGAUACUUUAUUAACAUCAGGUAAACAGACAAAUGGUGCAAGAGGACAUGUUCUGUAUGCUGGCAGGUCACAGUCAGACAACAGAGCAACACAUAUAAACACAAUUCAGGUUGCAUUUUCACAAUCAACAAUGUUUAAACAAACUGUAAAUGAAUGAAGAAUUGUCAUGUUUGGUUCUUAAUGUGUCUUUGAGAGAUCAGAGGCAGUAGAGCUCCAUUCCAACACAUCCAGUAAACAUUCAUGUUGAGUAAUAGGCCACUGGUAUGACAAAGUGUUACUACGAAGCCUAGCCUCAUCUGCGUUCACACCAAACGCGAAUUCGCAAAUUCGCAUUUGGUGCCUCAUCGCUCGAGUUGAAAAUAUUGAACUUUUGAGGCGAAUUCGCGUGACGCUGUGCUGCGAAAGCCAAUCAGCGUUGAGAUUCUCCCGACGUCACUGGCGUGUGUCAACAACAAUAAACUGCUACUCACCGGAGACAGAUGGACAGACGCUCCGCAGCUGAAAUGGAGAGUUACUGCGCAAUAUGAGUAGCUUGGUGCAUUUCCCCUCUGGGCCAAACAGGGUGUGAUGACUGCCUUCCUUAAAGCUUAAGAGAGAUGGGGAAAUGCACACCCAGGCAUUCUGAUCCUUCCUCAGUCUAAUGCAGACCUUCUGUUAGAAGAUAAUGUCAGCCAGAAACUCUGGUCUCUCCUUUGCUGUCUUUUACUGUUCUGGUUGAGGGUGAUUUUGUGCAUUCUGAAUAUCGUGUGGAGGGAAUAUUAAAGAACACCUUUCCACAAGGUGAUCUGCAUCAGUUCUCAGUGCUUUUUAUGCAAGAGUUUUCUCUUGCCUAACAUUAACCUUACACCUGUAAGCUUUAUUUUGAGGUUUUGUUUAUUGGUUUAUUUUUAACCUAAUAUAACCCUUAACCUCAUAUAUAAACAUGUUUGUUUAUAAUCAAAGAGGCAUCUGUUUACUAUUAUUGAUGUUAUUAUUUACAAGGCGCAUUUUCACUGUGUAGUUCCAUUAUAUUGGAGAGAAGGCAGACAUCUCUACAGCCGAUAUCUCCAACACUCUGCAGCUCACACCAAAACAAUCUAGACUGAUAAAUAGCACCAUGGAUGAGACAAAAACUAUGUAUUUGGAUUUUGGAGUGAACUUGAGAAACAAUCACUUAAUUUACUGUAUGCUAAAGGGUUGGCACGGAGUCUAUUUCUCAACAUGUAUGCUAAAAUGUUAGUAUGGAGCAGAUGAUCCACCAAGAAUACACACGUUACCUUAGUGUUACACACAUCAGACGAUACACCAAUAACUCAGUGUACUCCUAUAAUAAAUAACUUUAACACUCUUGGCUGCAGCUUCCCUUUUCUAACAAUG